UCUAUCACUAAUCUUGUCCGCGCAAUACACUCGCUCUAUGAGAGCAAUUAGAUUCAGCACCGUUUCCAGUGCCUCUGCAAUGACUCAUUGAAACAUCUUCUGUGCUGAUAAAGCCGCAUCUCUUUUCUCUCCCCCCCCCCCCGCUGCACACACACACACACACACGCACACACGCACACACACACACACACAUCCACUGGCAAACACACGCACACAACAGGACGUAUAGUUGGAGCACGCACGGACUGACUGGCGCGUUUGACUUUGGAUUUAGCGGAGCAGCAGGCUGGACUUUACUGUGUUUUCUCCUUAUGUGGUUUCGCCCGAAGUCAGGACUUUACAUUAAAGAGUCAGACGGUGGAGACACAGGCUGAGGACAUCUCAUCAAGCUGGAUUCCAGAUAACCUGAGAGUAUCAGGCCUUCUCUUGGACAGGAGAGUGGUACUGCCACCACCAAUCUCCAUGCAGGCUCUCGAGAUGGGGAGCUCUGGGAAAGCUGCUUUGUUUGGCUGGAGCUCCUUCGCUCAGCUUGCAGCCUGAGGAGAAACAGGAAGUGUCUUGGUGGUGGGGCGGGGAGGGGGGCGCCGAGGACCCAGUGGACCAUAACCACAACCUGCCAAGCUCAGGCUUAGCACAGCAGGAGCAUGUCAGUGCCCGGAGGCCCUUCAUGGAUGUGUCACUCCAUGGCCAAGGCCAGCCUUCUGCUGUGGAUGGGGCUGAUUACCAUCUGUCUGGCUGCUGUUAAAGCCCAGCAGUAUCCAGUAGUCACCACCAAUUAUGGGAAAUUGCGCGGAGUGAAAGUUACCUUACCCAAUGAGAUACUGGGACCGGUGGAGCAGUAUUUGGGGAUCCCAUAUGCAUUGUCCCCAACGGGGGAGCGGAGGUUCCAGCCUCCGGAGCCACCCAUGUCCUGGCCGGGCAUCAGGAAUGCUACUCAGUUUGCGCCAGUUUGUCCUCAGUUCUUAGAGGACCGCUUUUUACUCAAUGAUAUGCUCCCUGUGUGGUUCACCGCCAACUUGGAUACAGUGGUAACCUAUGUGCAGGAUCAGAGCGAGGACUGCCUUUACCUGAACAUCUACGUCCCAACAGAGGAUGAUAUCCACGAUGAGAAUGGGUUGAAGCCGGUCAUGGUUUACAUCCACGGAGGCUCCUACAUGGAGGGAACCGGCAACAUGAUCGACGGCAGCAUCCUGGCAAGCUACGGCAACGUCAUCGUCAUCACAAUCAACUACCGGCUUGGAGUUCUGGGGUUUCUAAGCACAGGAGACCAGGCAGCCAAGGGCAACUACGGCCUGCUGGAUCAAAUUCAGGCUCUCAGGUGGAUCAAAGAAAACAUCCAGGCCUUCAAAGGAGACCCAAAGAGAGUGACCAUUUUUGGCUCAGGCGCUGGAGCAUCAUGUGUCAGCCUGCUCACCCUCUCGCAUUACUCCGAAGAUCUGUUCCAGAAAGCCAUCAUCCAGAGUGGCACAGCCCUGUCCAGCUGGGCUGUCAACUACCAGCCGGCCAAGUACACCAGAGCCCUCGCCGAGAAGGUGGGCUGCAACAUGCUGGACACCAUUGACCUGGUGGAGUGCCUGCAGAAGAAGAACUACAAGGAGCUGAUUGAGCAGUAUAUCACGCCUGCAAAGUACCACAUCGCAUUCGGGCCUGUGAUCGACGGUGACGUGAUCCCGGACGACCCCCAGAUCCUCAUGGAGCAAGGAGAGUUUCUAAACUACGACAUCAUGCUGGGAGUGAAUCAAGGUGAAGGGUUCAAGUUUGUCGAUGGAAUUGUGGACAGCGAGGACGGAGUAUCAGCCAAUGAUUUUGACUUUGCUGUGUCGGAUUUUGUGGAUCAUCUCUAUGGCUACCCAGAGGGCAAGGACACCCUGCGCGAGACCAUCAAAUUCAUGUACACCGACUGGGCAGAUAAGGAGAACCCAGAGACCCGUCGCAAGACCCUGGUGGCUCUGUUCACUGACCACCAGUGGGUGGCGCCAGCUGUGGCCACGGCCGACCUCCAUGCACAGUAUGGCUCACCCACGUACUUCUACGCUUUCUACCACCACUGUCAGAGCGACAUGAAGCCCAGCUGGGCAGACUCGGCCCACGGCGACGAGGUUCCAUACGUGUUUGGGAUCCCAAUGAUCGGUCCAACAGAUCUUUUCAACUGCAACUUCUCCAAGAAUGACGUGAUGCUGAGCGCCGUGGUCAUGACCUACUGGACCAACUUUGCUAAAACAGGGGAUCCAAACCAACCGGUUCCACAGGACACUAAAUUUAUCCACACGAAGCCCAACCGGUUCGAGGAGGUUGCAUGGACCAAGUACAACCCCAAGGACCAGCUUUACCUUCACAUCGGUUUAAAACCUCGAGUGCGAGACCACUACCGCGCUACCAAAGUGGCAUUCUGGCUGGAACUAGUCCCACACCUUCACAAUAUAAAUGAGUUCUUUCAAUAUGUGUCUACUACUACCAAGAUACCACCACAGGACACCACCCCCUACCCUUACACCAAGCGGUUCCCGGGUAAAAAUAGCUGGCCGUCCACCACGCGCCACCCAGGGGUGCCGCCGCCCAACACCAAACAGACCACAGAUCAGCGCAAGAGCAGCGACCUGACGGAUGAGUCGACUGUCGUGAUCGAAACCAAGCGGGACUACUCCACCGAGCUCAGCGUCACCAUCGCCGUCGGGGCAUCGCUGCUCUUCCUCAACAUCCUCGCAUUCGCCGCGCUCUAUUACAAGAAAGACAAACGGCGGCACGAGUCCAACCGUCGUGUCCCCACCCCACAGCGCAACUCCACCCAAGCCAACGCCCCGUCCGCAGCCAACGAUGUGGCGCACCUUCAGAGCGAGGAACUGAUGUCGCUGCAGAUGAAGCAGCAGCAGCUGGAGCAUGAGCACCACCAUGAGUGCGAGUCACUGCAGACCCACGACACGCUGCGACUCACCUGCCCGCCCGACUACACCCUCACCCUCCGCCGGUCGCCCGACGACAUACCCCUGAUGACGCCUAGCACCAUUACCAUGAUCCCCAACUCCCUGGCUGGCAUGCAGCCUCUGCACAACUUCAACACUUUCGGUGGCAGCCAGAACAGUACCAACCUGCCCCACGGCCACUCCACCACUCGGGUAUAGCUCAGCUGGGCGCCGGACUCCCUUCUGAAUCCCACACAAGGCAAAUAUUGAGCUGUGUGCAGCACAGACUCCAAAGUCACAGCAGAUGUUAUUUUGCUACCAUGCCUUCUUGAAAAAGUAUAUACAGUAUAAAAUGAUCAUAAACUCAUGAAAAUAUUCAAAGUGAAUGUUACUAUAGUAAUAACUCUUUCUGGAGCGAAGCUUCACGGAAGGUUUUGGAGGAGUUUUACCAAAAGAAAAAAGGCAGCCGGUGGAUGACUGUUACUGUAAUAUUCUUACAAUACAAAAACGAACCGUUUCUGUGUCGACAAAAGGAGCCUUCGUGAAGGCUUUGUGCCAUAGAUACACACUAGCUAAACAGCGGUGAGAGUUGUUGAAAAAGCAACAAUGGAAACAUCAUCUUUUCAUGAUCCGUCAUCCAUCAGACACCUGAACUUGGGCACAGAAUUCUAGACCCCAGCCUGAAAUGUAUUUAUGAAAACUUUGUAAAAAAGAGCAGAAAAAAGAAAAACACAAGAAAAAAAGGUAUAUAGUUGUGUGUGGAAAUUGAAAAAAAGAAAAAGUUUUUAAAAAGAGAAAAAUAUCAAAAGAGCUCCUUCGAUUAUCGUUUUUUUUUUUUUUUGGCUGAGAUCUUUUUUGGUUUUUUCUUUUUCAGGUCGUGCUUUCUGUUGAGGUGUGUGUAAAUAUAUAUUCGUCAUUCUCCCCCUCCCCCUGAUUACAACCUGUGUUUCAUUAGUUUUUCACAGAUAUGACCAAAAUGCGAACACAAUCCCAUCCUUGGAGAGUUGCACACCAUUGCAAGUCAUCACAUACUGUCUCGUGCAUUGCUUUGUGUCCACUCUUUAGACGUUGCAUGUCCAGGAAGAGCUUUACUCUGCAUUCUCCGUGCGAGAAUGGCGACUGACUGACUCCCAUCAACCCUCCGUCAUCCUGUUAUGCUUUUAGUAGUUUAUUUCUUUGUGGGCUUUUUUAUGUCUUGCAAUCUCAGCACUGCCUGAGCUUACAAUGUGACCAGCAAUGUAUUAUUUAGAAAUAAAAAAGGCAGUGAAUUAUUUUUUUCCUGUAUUAAUAUUAGUUGGAUAUGUUUGUAAAGAAAUAUAUGUUAGAUAUUUCAAAUUGUCAUAUGCUAGCAAUAUGUAAAGUAUUGUGCCAGGCUUGUGAUAUUUUGGGUUACAAAAAGCAAGUGAAUGAGUGUAAAUAUUAAUGAUAUUAAUUAUUAUAAAAUUACAACACAGUAACCAUUAACUCUCUUUCCGUUUUGCAUCCUAUUACGACAAAAAAAAAUGAACGUACGUCGAGAAGAUUUUAAGCUACAUUUGUAAAUUCGAUAAAAGAUAUAUUCUUGGUCCCUAAACCAGUCAAGAUAACAAGGGUUUUAAUGUAGAGUUUUAAAAUCCUUAGUUUGUCUUAUAUUUGUUUGCGGUUUUGCCUUAAGUGAUAAUAGAAAUAUUUCUGGCUGGACACCUGUAUAAACUUUUUCUGCAACAUUUUUAAUAAAAUAUCACAGUAUUUUCUAAAAAAAAAAAACAGAAAAAAUGAAACGUGGGAAGUUUAAUUGGA